UUGAAUUUAACAAACAAAAAAUGACAUUCACUAACGCUAUAGUAUAUAACAACGGUAUGGUUAUAUGGGUGCCACCGAUCACAUUGAAAGCCCUGUGCAAUGUAAACAUCAAAUACUGGCCAUAUGAUGAACAUAACUGUUUCCUUAAGUUUGGCUCCUGGACUUUUGAUGGCCACGUUAUGGAUGUCACGCCAAUGAAUAAGACAAAUCCCGGUCUAUUGAAGGAUAUUUGGAAAAACACAGAGUUUCACAUCACUUACAUUAACGUCACCCGCGAUGUCAAGUAUUAUGACUGUUGUCGUGAACCGUAUCCAUCGGUGACUUUCUUUUUCAAACUCCAGCGCCGACCGACACUCUAUCACUAUAUCAUUUCAAUGCCGGCUAUUGUGGCCAUCAUAUCAAGUUUGGCCACAUUUUGGCUACCAAUUCGAUCAAAUAAUCGUUUCAUUCUCAACUCAGUUAGUUUAAUCAUACUAUCGUUACUAUUGAUAUUUUUGGGCAUACAGUUUGGUAUGUCAUCAUUUGGAGUUCCCAUUGCAGUUCGUUUCAUAAGUUUGACAACACUUUUUGUCGGUUUAUUACAAGUCUGGAUAACCAUCGCAUUCAAUACAUCACAACUAAAAGGACAGAUACCUGUGUGGGCCAUGAAAUUCACAAAACCGUUGAUACAAUUGUACCGAAAUACCGAACACGAGAGCAUCCAAUUGACACAAUCGGAACAAACAGCAGACGUGACCAACAAAAAGUCGGUCGCAAAACAUCCCAACGCUGAGGACCUGACUUUCAUUGUCGACAAAUUACUUUUUAUUGUCUUUACAUUUAUGAUUAUCAUUAACUCAUUGGUCUAA